AUGGAGGAGGGUGCAGAAGAUCAGGAAAGUUCGAGAUCAUCGAAGCUAGGGAGGUUCAGGGGCAUGCUCGAGAGCGGCGCCAGCAAGUUCCGCCGCAGCCUCAACGAAAACAACGGAACAAUCUCACCGCUCUUGCCUUCCGACGACGACGAUAGCAAAAUCCCCGUCGCCUCCGCCCCUUUGCCCGAAGAGCCUCUGCCCCCGGUCCAGGUACGCCCCAAGCUCGGCGGCAUCCUCAGCCGGACAGAGAACGUCAAGCCGUCCCGGGCUGGCGGCAUCGAUGCCACCCCAGCAACUGCCCCGGCUGCCGCCCCGGCCACGACCCCUCCCCCGGCGGAGACCGCCUCCCAGGCCACGACCGCUCCCCCUACACCCGCCGCCGCUAAAGAGGCGCCCCCGCCCAGCCCGCCGCCGCCGGUGAGGAAGAAGCCUACAGGCAAGAACAUCGCCACCUUUUUCGAUUUGUUGAAUCGAAAAAAUUAUCAUGCGUGA